UUUUGUGUGGCUUUCGCUAAAUAAACUCUUGCUCUCUCUCUCUCUCUCUCUAGAUUAUCUCUUCCGCUCUCUGCUUUGAAAUUCAUCGCUUAUUCGUCCGAAAUCGUACAGUGUAUCAAUUUCCGAAACGCAACUCCUCUCAAUGCGAGAGAGAGUCUUGGGAUUCUUGUCUGCAUCGCUCGUCACCUCUCGUCUGGCCAAAUUCGAAUCGACGAGCGUUUGAAUUCUUAUAAUUUUUUGGAUUUAUUGCAGUAUCGAGUUCGAUGAGAUGCCCUGAUGCUUGCCAUUAGAAAUGGCUGCUAGUUCUUGGAUGUCAGUUUCUGUCGAAUGCGUGAACGUAUGUAACUUGACGAAAGGAGAUGGGAUUGGAAGUGGCUGUAGCAUGAUAUCUUGUGCGUGGAAAGCUCCAAGGGCCUUGACUGGGUUUCUUGCCAGCACUGCACAUCCUCCCCAGUGUUGGUCAUUUUCAUCCCGGCAAAAUCGAAGAAGAAAUCAAUUGAAAUCUUAUUUUUUCCAGGGAUGCGAAAUCUUUGAUGUAGGAGAUUUCUUAUCCACUGAAGCUUCCGACGUCAUACUUCUUCAUAAAUUUUUCCUCUCAAGCUCUCAUAGAAGAUGGAAAAUCUGCUGUUCUUUGUCACCCUCAGAUAACUUUGUCGAUGUUUCUCCCGAGACAUUGUGGGAGGAGCUGAGGCCCACUAUUUCAUACCUCUCCCCAAAAGAGUUGGGAUUGGUCCAAAAUGCCCUUAAGCUUGCUUUCAAGGCACAUGACGGUCAAAAAAGAAGAAGUGGAGAGCCUUUUAUCAUUCACCCUGUUGAAGUUGCUCGCAUUCUUGGAGAACUAGAAUUGGACUGGGAGUCAAUUACUGCAGGAUUACUGCAUGAUACGGUUGAGGAUACAGAUUUUGUUACUUUUGAGAGAAUAGAGGAGGAAUUUGGCGCUACAGUGCGCCACAUAGUAGAAGGAGAAACUAAGGUAUCCAAGCUGGGAAAAUUGAAGUGCAAGAAUGAGAAUGAUUCAGUUCAAGAUGUAAAAGCUGAUGACCUUCGUCAGAUGUUUCUAGCCAUGACAGAGGAGGUUCGGAUUAUCAUUGUCAAGUUGGCAGACAGGUUGCAUAACAUGCGUACUCUCUCACACAUGCCUCCCCAUAAGCAGUCCAGCAUCUCAAAAGAAACACUGCAAGUCUUUGCUCCUCUUGCAAAGUUGCUGGGGAUGUAUCAAAUUAAGUCAGAACUGGAGAAUCUAUCCUUUAUGUACACAAAUGCUGAAGAUUAUGCUAAGAUCAAGAGAAGAGUUGCUGAUCUCUAUAAAGAACAUGAGAAAGAAUUAUUGGAGGUAAACAGAUUUUUGAAGAAAAAGAUUGAGGAUAAUCAAUUCUUAGAUCUUAUGACUGUGAAAACUGAAGUUCGAUCAGUCUGCAAGGAGCCUUAUAGUAUUUACAAAGCCGUGCUUAAGUCUAAGGGUUCAAUUAAUGAAUUUAACCAAAUAGCACAGCUUCGUAUCAUCGUAAAACCAAAGCAAUGCAUUGGAGCUGGGCCUUUGUGCAGUCCACAGCAGAUAUGUUACUAUGUUCUUGGCUUGGUUCAUGAAAUCUGGACCCCUAUUCCUCGUGCUAUGAAGGACUAUAUUGCAACCCCAAAACCUAAUGGCUAUCAAAGUCUACAUACAACUGUGAUUCCAUUUUUAUAUGAAAGCAUGUUUCAGUUGGAAGUUCAGAUAAGAACUGAAGAGAUGAAUCUGAUAGCUGAGAGAGGCAUUGCUGCUCAUUAUAGUGGGAGAGUGUUUUCCACGAGCUUAGUUAGUCAUGUAAUGCCAACUGGUAGAAGUUCUGGGAAGACAGACCGUCUUAACAAUGCCAAUAUUGCACUUAGGAUUGGAUGGCUGAAUGCUAUUAGAGAAUGGCAAGAGGAGUUUGUUGGCAAUAUGACAUCCAGAGAAUUUGUAGAUACCAUUACCAGAGAUCUAUUGGGCAGUCGAGUCUUCGUGUUUACACCAAGGGGAGAGAUUAAAAAUCUGCCUAGGGGGGCCACUGUUGUUGAUUAUGCUUAUAUGAUACACACUGAAAUUGGCAACAAAAUGGUGGCUGUGAAGGUCAAUGGCAAUCUUGUUUCUCCUGCACAUGUACUUGCUAACGCAGAAGUUGUGGAAAUAAUCACCUAUAAUGCUCUCUCCGGCAAAUCAACGUUUCAAAGGCACAAGCAAUUGUUGCAACAUGCAAAAACACGCAGUGCCAGACACAAGAUAAUGAAAUUUCUAAGGGAGCAAGCUGCAUUAUCUGCUGCUGAAAUAACAGCAGAUACAGUUCAUGGUUUCAUUACUAAUUAUGGAGAGGACAAUAAAGAAGUCUUAAAUAAUUCUACGUUCAACAGACCUUUAUGGGAGAAAUUUUUUACCAAAAUUGUGGGGAAAAGGCCAUCCGCGGGUGGAAGCUUUGCAGAUGUCUCUGCAUUAAAAAAUGGAAGUGCUCGAGUCCCCAAGGUUAAUGGGAAACAUGACAAGAAUAUGCGACAUGUGAGUUUGCUGGCAGAAGGAGAGUCACUGUUGCAGGGAAAUGGUGUCGCCAAAAUGCUGCGGGCCAACUUCCCAAGGUACAAAGAAGUCUUGCCCGGUCUAGAAAGCUGGCAAGCUAGCAAGAUUGCUUCUUGGCAUAGUCUUGAAGGACACUCCAUCCAAUGGCUUUGUGUGGUUUGCAUAGAUCGAAAAGGUAUCUUGGCUGAGGUUACCACGGCAUUAGCAGCUGUUGACAUCACUAUAUGUUCUUGUGUGGCUGAGAAUGAUCGAGGGAGUGGUAUGGCAGUCUUAUUAUUUCAUGUCGAUGGCAACCUUGAAAGUUUGGUAAAUGCGUGCUCGAGCGUGGAUCUAAUUCUGGGUGUUCUGGGAUGGUCUACUGGUUGCAGCUGGCCAGGCUCAAUUGAAAGUCUUCAAUAUAUUAAAGGCUAACUAGUCAAUGGAGAUGCCCAAAUGGUUCACUCAGCAGUCACAAGCUUUGGGUAUGAAGUUUUGUCCCUUGAAAAUGGAAUUCUGGAGUUAUAUAGUAGAUUUUUAAUCUUUUGUUACACAGUAUACCAUGGUAAUCCAGAUGAAGCCAACUGAGCAAGGCCUGGAUUCAGGGCAUUGUAUAUAGAGAGAGGAGCGGUUGAUAAAGGAAUAUACUCUUGUAUAGUUACAAGAAGGCAAAUUUUAUACGUAGAGUUGGUUGUAUGAAACAACCUUGGGUGCCUUGUCCUACAUAUAUCCUACAAUUUUAUUAUUCUUC